GCUAUGACAAUGUUUCGGCAGGACAUUUUUCAGAGUCACAACUCAUUGUUUACAACGGAAGUAAAGCUCAACUGUCAAACUUGAGCUUCAGAAGUUAUCAUUUUCUAUGCUUAGUUGCACAUUUAAAGCAGUUUAAACAUCCCAGUGAGCAUUUUAUACUUUUUUAUUUUAAAUCAAAGACGUCUUUGUAGUUCGGGAUGUUAGUGGGCUACAGCAGCAGCUCGGAGGAGGAGGAAGAGGACAGUGAAGCGGCUGCGGCUACUCAAAGCCAAAGUUGUUCUCCCAAGAAAAAGGAAAAAGAUGGUUUUCCAAUGCCGAAGAAAGCGAAGAUGGAAGAAUAUGUCUCCAAAACAAGACUGCCCCUUCCUGACUGUCUGCAGACCAUGUUUCCAGAUGAGGAAGAGCCACAAACAGAGGACAGUUCGCUCCAUGGCGGUCGCAUUCGGUCCUUCAAACACGAGCGGGGAAACUGGGCCACAUAUGUUUAUUUUCCAUACCAUCCUGAGGAAGAGUUUGAGGAGCUGCUGGAGGAACUGCUGUCAGCCGCAGCCUCUCACGGUGUGGUUUUGACGCCACAGGAGGAGUUUCACCUCAGCCUGUCUCAAACGGUGGUGCUCAGACACCACUGGAUCCAGCCUUUCAUGCAGAGCCUGAGGGCAGGCCUGACUCACUGUAAAAGAUUUGUCUGUUCAGCUGGGAGGCUGAGGGUCUACUGCAACGCUGAGAGAACAAGGACGUUCCUCGGUAUGGAAGCUUUUACUGGGCAUGCUCAGUUGUUGGAUCUGGUCCGAGUCAUCGACCAAACACUGACAGAGUUUCAGCUGGAGACUUUCUACAAGGAUCCAUCUUUCCACGUGAGUCUGGCCUGGUGUGUUGGAGACCUGACGGAAGAGCUGAAGGAGAUCACCAAAGAGCUGCAGAGUCUGGUAGACGAGCGUGACGACGGACCGUUUCAUUUAAAUCUGGACUGUGCCGAGCUGCGCUGCAGGACGGGAAACAAAACCUUCCGCUUCUCUUUGGAAGCAUGACUCAUCGAAACAAAAACCGUUUAAUGUCUGUCUGCUGUGAUGAAGAAUCUGCAGAAACGACGCUGGAUCGUCCAAAAACUGUACAUAAAUAAAGCUUCUAUGUGUUUUGCA